UCCGGAAUUGUUUCAAUAUAUGGUCAAUGUUAAUGUAUUUCAACUUCAUAAAUCUAAUCUAUAAAACGAAAGAUUUACGCAACACACAUAUGGCAUCGGAACAAUCGGCGCUUGUAUCACGGGAUCGUUUUUGCCGACUAUGUCUGAGCAAAUCGGACAGUCUCCUACUUCCGCUUUUGGCUACCAUCGAGCGAGAGGUCAGCGUGAUGGAAAUGCUGGAAGCAGUUACCGGGAUUGAGCUGGAGGUAAACCCGCUGUAUCCUACAAAGAUAUGCACCAACUGUUUGACUAAGUUGGAUUUUGCCUAUGGUGUUAGGCAAGAAUUUUUGAAUAGCACAGAGCUGCUGCUAAAAUUGGCCGUUGAAGAUAGACUUCCAACGUAUUAUGCAAAGUAUGAGUCUACAAAAACCAGCGAAGAGAAAAUCUCGUCUGCUGAUGAAGUACUGAAAGUUAGUAGGGAUAUAUUAGAGACGAAAAUAGAAUUGCAGGAUAUUGUGGUACCUAACGAUAUGGAUAUCACAUUUAACGACGUAAAAAAUGAGAAUGACCAAGAUAUGACCAUAGAACAAAACGCUGAAUCAGUGGAAGAACUCGAGGAAACUACCGAAAUUCUCGUUCCAAGCGAUGAUAAAAUGCUAGAAAAUGAAUGCAUUAAUUCGGAGAAAGAUACUGUAAAGCAGGAGAAGUUUAUCUACUCUUGGAAAGAUCUCGUCAAACCGAAACGGAAGAAUGGUAUAAAAUCGAAAAGUUUGCUCACAGGAAUAGAUAGAAAAGCGAAGGCGGAUGCAGAGCUGCUCGCACAAUUCCCCCUGACUACCUGCUAUAUUUGUGACACCUCGCACGAAACGCUGAAGCAUCGAGAUGAACAUCUCAAUGAACACAUCGAUAUGGUGCCCCAUCGGUGUGAAAGUUGUAGCUCCGAGGCGGAACCAGUUAUUUCUAAAAGUGUGUUAAACCUCAAUCGUCACAGAAUGAUGCACCUAUUGCCACACAAAUGUGAUUUUUGUUUCCGAAGAUUCAUUUCCACUGGAAGUCUGUACACACAUGUCUGGAGCAUGCAUAUGGGAGAUAAGGAAGGACACACGUGUGAUUACUGUGGAAAGAGAUUCAACCAGCGACGUUCGUUUCAGUCCCACGUUCGGCGCCACCGUUACAAAGCCAAUGGAACAUACAAAUGUGAAGAUUGUGGGGAAACUUGCGGUUCCCGUUUAUUGUUAGCGAGACAUCGUCGCAAACACACCGGCGAGAGGAAUUUUACCUGCCCUUACUGCUCGAAGAAAUUCAGCAGGGCUUGUAAUUUGCUGAUGCACAAACGAAUCCAUACCAAUGAGCGAUGUCACAAAUGCUUGGAAUGCGAUAAAACCUUCCGCGAUACCGUAAUCCUAAGAAAACACCGAGAACGAUACCAUACGGGAAACAACCAGUGUGCUUCCAAUCGGAAUCUUUUCGUAUUGACUGAAGACGGACGGAAACAAUUUAUCUGUAAACAUGAGGGUUGCUCGUAUACAACAUACAAUAGCACUUCAAUUUCGCGACAUAAAGCGAGUCACACGAAACGCUAUGAGUGUUCCGAUUGUGGCAAGCGUUUUUCCGUACCUAACUUAGUCCGCCGGCAUCAAGUUUCCAUGCACAGCAAAGGGCUGAAGUUUUGCACAAAUAAUGUACGCAUCUCAAUAAUGAGCUCCGAAACGAAAUCAAAGAAUACCGACGCGUCGUGCGUUGAAGACGUAAAAAGUAAACUGGAUGACUUCUGUCGUGUUUGUUUGCUACGCAAAAGUCCGCUUCUGCCGCUAACGAGCGAUCUCAAUGGAACCAUGAUACCGGAGAUGCUGUGGAAGGUGUCUGGUAUGCUGUUCAAUGUGUUGGAACAACUACCGAGGGUCAUUUGUGAGCGAUGUAUGGCAAAGCUUGAUCUUGCUUUUAGCAUAGCUAAGGAAUUCCGCGAGCAGGAGGAGAAGUUGAGAAGUUUUUGUUGGAAAGGUGCCCUCGUCGAUCAGCUGGCGCUGUAUCAGCAGUCCGAUGAGAGCAAGAAUGCGUUAUACUCUGAUGAAGUGAUUCGGAAGCUGAUUACAUCCAGCAGAAAGAAGCAAACUGAGACUGGACAGGACACGGAAGCCGAAGUGCAUGAGUUUGAGGUGGAGCGCCUGGAAGAGGACCAUGAUGAUGAGCAGUCGCUGGAGCCAGACUACGAUAGUGAUGGCGACAGUCCUCCGGAGCAAAUCACUGCGGUGAUUCUACCUGGAGGAUCAGUUGAAGUGAAAGCGGAAAUCGAAGAAGGAGACGAUGAAGAACAGUCAGAAGUGGCUCCCCUUCCAGUGACUAAAAUAGAAGUUGAAGAAUGGAUCGAGGAGGGAGGUACGGUAACAAGGAUUCGUCGGAGGAACACAUCCGAAACGCUCGAAUUUUCCUGUGACGAGUCAAUCGAUUCCCAGGAUCCAAUAAAAUACGAUGAAGAUGAUUUGUAUGGGGAGAGUGAGGAGGAAGUAGCCACUUCCCGAAAACAAACUAGAAAACCGAAGACACCCAAGCGACCGAUAAAAUCCGUACUGAAUGCAGAUGGCAAGUACGAGUGCAAUGAUUGUGGGAGAAUAUUCGGAGUGCAGAAGACGUUCCUAAACCACUUACGCAGACACGAGCAUAUUAAACAGGGCUCAUUUGCGUGUACUCAGUGCGAUAAGUGUUUUGGCACAAAAGACCGACUGGCGCGCCAUAUUGAGCUCCAUAAUCGCGACCUGACAUGUAAAGAGUGCGGUCAUGAGUCUCAAAACGGGUACGAAUUCCGGACACAUCGCUUCAGUCAUCAAGAUGGACACUACAAAUGCAAACGGUGUAUUUUUUCUUGCGAUACAAAGGAACAGCUGAAGGAGCACAAACUAAUGAAUGAUUGUGCAGUGGCCGACGAAAAACGACCAUACUCUAAGCCCGCUACCCUGAAGGACAAAAAGUGUCCCUAUGAGGGCUGUGAGUACACGGCGGAAACGUACGGAGCAAUGUAUGUUCACAAGCGGGCCAAACAUUUGCAGCAGUUCAGUUGCGAAAUUUGCGGUAAACGCUUCGCGUUCGCAAAUCAAGUGCGUUUGCACGAAAAGCUGCACACCGGCGAGAAGCCGUACCAGUGCACGGUUUGCUCCAAGAGUUUUCGCCGGAUGUUCAGCUUCAAGGAACACAUGGCCAUCCACGAGGGUAACGAAUCGUACGUUUGCGAUGUCUGCGGCAAGAGCUUCACGCGGCCCCGGUAUUUGAAUGCGCAUCUCUUGACGCACUCCGAGGAGCGUCCGUUCGAGUGUGCGAUUUGUGAGAGUCGGUACAAAACCAACGGGGAGCUAACGAAACACAUUCGGACAAAACACCAGUCGCAACUAGAUUUGAGCAAUAGUGAUCUGAUAGUGGAAGAGUAUGAUUAUUACGAGGAGGAAUAUUGUGCGUGAGGCUAUAUUUGUCUGUAAAACGUGUGUUACACUUGAAAAUGUCUCAUGUGAGUAAUCAACUAAGAAGAAGGUUAAGUUAGGCUGAUGAUAGAUAUCGUUAUCAUUUCAAUGUUCUGAAUUUAGUUUUGUAUAACAGUGGAAAUAAAUCUGUAAAUCAAUUUAUUUCAAUGCAUGUGGCUUUACUUAAUAUUACAGAGACAUAAGGUCAACAUCGAAGACCUCUAUCCUGGCCGUUCGCUAACCAAUUGAUCUCAGACCUGGGGAUAAAUUUUAUCGAGUCGGAAAACGUACA